AUGUCUUUCCGAUCCUUCUUGUUGGGCGGUCUCAACAUACUCACUCUCUUCUCACAAUCCGCCACGGCACACCCCCACGGCCACAAUGCGCCCGUUUUCGUACGCUCAGUUCGAGCACGAGACACUUCCCAAGUAUUUCCCAACGUCGGCAACUCCACAUUCACCGUUGAGUCCGCAGAGGUGAAGUUGGCAGACGGCGCCCCCUGGCUGCCGCGGAUAGCAAAGCUGUCCGACGGCACCGUCCUGGCCGUGUCAACCCGCUUCGAAAACGGCACCGCCGACCAUGUCCUGCAGCUGUCGCGGAGCACAAAUGGCGGCCAGAGCUUCAGUCACCUCACCAACAUCGCCGAGGGUCCUGACGACAUCGACAACGGAUUCCUGCUCGAGCUUCCGGCAUCGGCCGCCUCGAGCAACUCCACGAGCAGCAAGCGCGCUUCGCUACCCAUCGUCCUCGUAUCCUACCGCGACCACGAGAAGAACGCCGACGGCAGCUACAACACGUUUCGCAUCAAGGUGGCGCGCAGCGAGAACGGGGGCCAGACAUGGAACGACCCCGUGGUGGCGGUCGAGAAGCCCGCCAACGGCAGCAAGGUCGGCAUCUGGGAGGCCUUCAUGAGAUUCACCAAGGAUGGCAAGACCAUCCAGAUGACCUACUCGGGCGAGCUGGCGCAGGACAACCAGGAGACGUUCCGUGUGACGUCGCCCGACUUCGGGGCGUCAUGGACGGCGCCCGUGAACCUGCGGCUGCACUCGACGGACCAGUCGAUGCGCGACGGCAUGCAGAGCAUCGCCGAGGUCAGCGAGGAGGACGGCACCGAGAAGCUCAUCAUGGAGCUCGAGGUCAAGGUCGGCUCCGUUGUGCACAUGGAGUACGUCAUCUCCGAGGACGACGGGGAGACCUGGGGCCACAGGGGCACCAUCUACAAGCCCGCGGGCGCCGACCACAGCGCGGGCGCCGGGCAGAUCGCCAGGAUCGGCGACACCAUGCUGGCGCUCGUGUUCCUGACCGACGAGGACUACGAGGAGGUCCAGUGGCCCGACAAAGGCGAGACCAAGGCGCUGUUCUCCGACGGCAUCCUGAGGAACGGCGCGCUGAGGUGGGCGGAGAAGCCCCUGACGGUGUUCGGCAAGGGCUCAAUCUGGCCCGGUGUGGUGCAGUGGUCGGCCAACUCGAUCAUGGCGCUGGCUUCUCAUGACAAGGCUGCGUAUGGGCGGAUCGUCAAAGUGUCGGCGUAG